CUAUGCAUGCUAUGUUGCUGUUAGUAGUUAGUUGGUGGUUAGGUGUAAGUUAUUGGCGGGGACGGUGUUUCGAGACGGUUGCUUUUUGGGAAUUUCUGGGGGUUUGUUUUGGUUUUUUUCUUUUCUGUAGUUUCGUCUUGGAGUUCCCCUUUUUUUUUGGGUGGCUGUUUCGGGUUUCGUCGCUGUUUGAGGUGAUAUACUUUGGAUGUUGUCUCUGUGCUGAGGUGG